CCCGAGCGGCCUUCAGCAGCUCCUCGGAGCUGUCCAGCAGCCACGGCCCUGGGUUUGCAAGUCUCAAUCGCAGAGAUGGGGCUGGUGGCUGGUCUCCACUGGUGUCAGAUAAAUACCAGUGGCUGCAGAUUGACCUUGGAGAGAGAAUGGAGGUCACAGCGGUGGCCACCCAGGGAGGAUACGGGAGCUCCGACUGGGUGACUGGCUACGUCCUCAUGUUCAGUGAUGGUGGGAGGAACUGGAAGCAAUAUCGGCGAGAAGAAAGCAUCUCGGGUUUUCCAGGAAACACGAACGCAGACAGCGUGGUGCAUUACAGACUCGAGCCUCCCUUCGAAGCCAGGUUCCUGCGCUUCCUCCCCGUAGCCUGGAACCCUAAGGGCAGGAUUGGGAUGCGGAUAGAAGUGUACGGAUGUGCAUACAGAUCUGAGGUGGUUAAUUUUGAUGGGAAGAGCUCCUUGAUAUACACAUUGAAUCAGAAAUCCGCGAGUCCAACAAAAGAUGUUAUUUCUUUGAAAUUUAAAACCGGGCAGACCGAUGGGAUUUUACUUCACAGAGAAGGACGAAAUGGCAAGCACAUCACCCUGGAGUUAGUUAAAGGAAGACUCGUCUUAUCCCUUAAUUCAGGCCGAGCCAGCCUGCCCCCCGCCGACGCCCGUGUGAGCCUCACCCUGGGCAGCCUGCUGGACGACCAGCACUGGCAUGCUGUCCUCCUGGAGCUCCUGGACACACACGUCAGCCUCACCGUGGACAGGCACGCUCAGCUCUUCCAGGCAAAGGGCGAGCCUCGCUCCUUGGAUCUUGACGAUGAGAUCAGCUUCGGAGGGAUGCCCGGACAUGGAAAAUCAGUGGCGUUCCCACAUAAAAAUUUUCACGGCUGCUUCGAAAACCUCUAUUAUAAUGGAGUGGAUAUCAUUGAUUUGUCCAAGAAACGUGAACCGCAGAUCCUUGUCAUGGGCAAUGUGUCCUACUCGUGCUCAGACCCCCAGAUCGUCCCCGUGACGUUCCUGAGCUCCAGCAGCUACUUGGCUCUCCCGGGCACCGCCGGAGAGGACAGAGUGUCGGUCGCUUUCCAGUUUCGGACAUGGGACAGAGCAGGGCUGUUGCUGACCAGUCAGCUAAAACAUGGGUCAGGGGCUCUCCUCCUCCUUCUAGAUGAUGGAAAACUCAAGCUGAGUCUCUCCCAGCCCGGAUAUCCAGCGAGGGACGUCACAGCAGGUGCUGGAUUAAGUGAUGGGCAGUGGCAUUCAGUGUCCUUAUCAUUGAAAGGAAGUCACCUGAGUGUGGUGGUGGAUGGUGAGGUGGCCUCUGUGGCGCAUUCCUUGCGUGGACGGAUUGAUUCCGGGGACACCUAUUAUUUGGGCGGCUGCCCCGAGAGCGUCUCUGGGUCUGGAUGUGGAGGUCCCCUGGGCCACUUUCAGGGCUGCCUGAGGCUCAUCUCCAUUGGCGACAAGGCGGUCGAUCCCAUUGCAGUGCAGCAGGGGGCGCUGGGGAGUUUCCGUGACCUCCAGAUAGACACCUGCGGCCUCACAGACAGGUGUUUGCCCAGCUAUUGUGAACACGGGGGCGAAUGUUCCCAGUCCUGGGACACCUUCUCUUGUGACUGCGCACACACUGGCUACACGGGCGCGACAUGCCAUUCCUCUUUGUACGAGCAGUCCUGUGAAGCCCUCAAGCACCGAGGAGACUCCUCAGGGCUCUACUAUAUCGACUCAGACGGAAGCGGCCCGCUGGACCCUGCUCUCGUCCACUGCAACAUGACAGAUACCACCUGGACCUCAGUGCAGCACAAUGGCUCACAUCUGGUCAAGGUCAAAAGCUCAGAUGGAGACAGCCCGCGCCCUGUGGUUUUCAAGUACACAGCCAGCAUGGACCAGCUCCAAGCCAUAAUCGACCGUGCGGACCACUGCCAACAGGAGCUGACCUUCCACUGCAAGAAGUCGAGGCUUUCUCCCCGCCGCGAUGGAACCCCAGUGAGCUGGUGGGUUGGAAGAACCAAUGAAACACACACUUACUGGGGAGGUUCUCAGCCUGAUGCUCAAAGAUGUGCUUGUGGAUUACAGGGGAACUGCCUUGAUUCUCGAUAUUACUGCAACUGUGAUGCUGACCAGAAUGAAUGGACCAGCGACACAGUAGUCCUUUCCCGUAAGGAGCACCUGCCGGUCACUCAGGUUGUGAUGGGAGACACAGGCCGGCCACGUUCAGAAGCGGCGUAUGUGCUGGGGCCUCUGCUCUGCUGGGGGGACAAUUCAUUUUGGAACUCAGCUUCCUUCAAUACUGAGACUUCAUACCUUCAUUUCCCUACGUUCCGUGGAGAGUUCAGUGCUGACGUGUCUUUCUUUUUUAAGACGACAGCUUCUUCUGGGGUGUUUGUAGAGAACCUGGGGAUCACAGACUUCAUCAGGCUAGAGCUACAUGCUCCCUCGGAAGUGACCUUUUCCUUUGACGUGGGGAACGGACGUUGCGAGGUCACAGUGCGGUCGCCCGCUCCCUUUAAUGACGACCGGUGGCACUACGUGAGGGCGGAGAGGAAUGUGAAGGAAGCGUCGCUGCAGGUGGACCGGCUCCCCGCCGAGACCCAGGCUGCACCUGCCAACGGGCACGCGCGCCUACAGCCCAACAGCCAGCUCUUCGUGGGCGGCACGGCCACCAAGCAGAGGGGCUUCCUGGGGUGCAUCCGCUCGCUGCGGUUGAACGGGUUGGCCCUGGACCUGGAAGAGAGAGCGAGAAUGACGCCAGGCGUGGAGCCAGGGUGCCCAGGACACUGCAGCAGCUACGGACACCUGUGUCGCAACGGCGGGAGAUGUAGAGAGAGACACAGGGGCAUCGCUUGCGACUGUGCCUUCUCUGCGUACGACGGGCCGUUCUGCGAAAAUGAGAUCUCUGCGUAUUUUGGAAGUGGCUCCUCCAUUAUCUACAACUUUCAAGAACAUCAUAAUCACACCUUUGGUAAGAACUCCAGCUCCCUGGCGGCUUUAUUUCAUGAGGAUCUGACGCUGACCGGGGAGAUGGCCACACUGAGCUUCCGGACCACGGGGGCACCCAGCUUACUUCUCUACGUGAGCUCCUUCUACGAAGAGUACCUGUCCGUUAUUCUCGCCCCCAAUGGAAGUUUGCAGAUCAGGUAUAAGCUGGACAGGCACCAAGAACCUGAUGUUUUUAACUUUGGUUUUAAAAACCUUGCUGAUGGGCAGUUUCACCAGGUGGAGAUCCACAGGGAGGCAGCGGCGGUCUCUGUGGAGGUUAACCAGAAUGCAAGGAGACAAGUCCGCCUGUCGUCAGGGACGGAAUUCAAUGCUGUCAAGUCCCUCACAUUGGGGACAAUUCUAGAGCCCCCCGGCGCGGAGCCGGAUCCGGACACGCUGCGGGCCGGCGCGCGCGGCUUCACCGGCUGCCUGUCGGCCGUGCGCUUCGGCCCCGCCGCUCCGCUCAAGGCCGCGCUGCGCCCUGGGGGCCCCGCCCCCGUCACCGUCACCGUGCGCGGACACGUGGCCGCCGCCGCCCGUGUGAUAGCUGUUGUCAUAUUUAUUUCGCUCUGUAUCACUGCCAUAGGAAUACGCAUUUAUCAACAGAGAUGGUUGUACCAAAAGAACGAGACGAAUAUUCCAAAACACGGAGACAAUGCAGAGACCGCUCUGAAAACUGAGCUCACCCUGCGAAGUACAGUCAGCGAAAGCCAGAAAGAGUAUUUCUUCUGAUGGGCGGCGGCGGCUCACUUAUGGUUCCGGUGACAGGACUUUUGUGCGAAGCCGGGGGCUCCCGGUGGACGAAGCCCCCUCUUGUCCUCUUGGGACAGACGGUGGCCUUGGAGCGCCGUCCGCUUGCUCGUGUGUGGCCCCGGGCGGCCCCGCUCGGUCCUGCUUCAUGAUCUUUUGAUGUGAAAGUGACUUCAGUGUGCGGGUUAAUCACUGUGGCGGUUUCUGACUGUUCUGACCCGAUCUUUGAAAAUUCAAAUGUACUUUGCGUAAUGACUCUGGGGGUUAAGUGAGGACACGGAUGUGAGCUGUGGCUCUUCUCUCUUAAAAAUGAGACACAGGCGUUUAUAAAAGUCAAAGUUGGACUCGAGGUGAGCUGCGCGGAGAUCCGUGGUUUGCUCCCUUUCACCGUCCCCUGCUGACGCUAGUAAGCAGGAAGCGCUUCUCAGACGGUCUUGGAGCGUUUCCAUCUUCCUGCGAACCAGAGCCCGGUGGCCAAAAAUGCAUUAGGAACUCGGAAAAGACCAUUUUGGGGGCUGCUUGUUUUUACUAUUUGUCUCUUUUAAGUCAGUUUGCGUACAUUUUAGUGAUGAAGUGCAUCUUGAAUGUCAGCUACGAAAUUCUAGUAUUCUGUUCAUUUAUGGAACAGAAAAAUGCAUCGGUAGCGAACAGUGUGUAAAGCAUUCUGAUCUGCAACACUUUGCUCAUUUUUCUUUGUAAAUUAUGAUAAAGAUUACCUACUGAUCUCCCCGAAACGUAUAUUUUCUAACUAAACCUGUGCCCAGGUAUCAAUUCUAUAUAUAACCCUGCAAAUGUAGCCUUCAUCCAUUUCAUUUAAGUGAUAUAUAGUCUUGAAUUUAUUUCCAUCAAAUGUAGGGUGAUUAGGUCACCGUUCUUUGUCGUCCUGUGGUUCCCCUUUUGCUGAGGUUAUCACAACACUUUGAUCUCUUAUGACUCUCUUUUCAUUUCCUAGGGAAGAGUCAUAUCUGGAACUAAAGCUCUCCAGUUCUUUUUCUAAAUCUUGAACUGAUCCAGGCAAACCACUCGCUGAAGCUGGAAGGGUGAUUUUGCAGAGGGAGGGCACAGGCCGUCAGAUCUGCACUCAGUCUGUCGUUCUAGUCAAGAAUCUGGGAUCUUGGGGUCAGCUGCCGUUGGAGCACCCAAAAUCAACUAGCUCCUUUCAUAGCAGCGUCUAUUCGCAUACAAGGGGAGCCAAGCAUGCGUAUUAACCAUGGGACUUGUUCCAGUGACCACUUUCGUGGCAGUGUCAGGAGAUAAUUGCAUGGAGCCCACCCUUUGCACUCAAUGGCCAGUUACGAAUCAGAUGUGCUGCGUCUUCACAUGCCACUUGUCAUGUGCCUGCCAGGAAUUAGAUUGCUCACCUUGACCGCCAUAGGACCACCUGGAACUAUACACGUUUAGCCUUGCUAUUACCUUUGAGUGUCUACCUACUUUUUUUGUGAUUUUUUUCUUAAAGAAUAGAAACAGAUAUCUUCUAUACUAAGUCUUUUCUCAAAGAAACCUUUCUUCUUAUGGUUUCAUAUCAGUUUUCUAGGAGGUGUACAAACUACCACAAUUUAGUGGCUUAAUUGCAACACAGGUUUAGAGUCCAUGUUUCUGUGGAUCGGGAACUAGGCUGUUUCCUUCAAGGUUGCAAUUAAGUAUCAGCCAGGGCUGUGUUCUCAUCUGGAGACUUAGCUAGGGAGCCCUGGUUCUUUAUGGUUAUUGACAGCAUUCCAUUCUGCUUCUGUUCAAGGCUAACAAGACAGAGAGACAGAGGGACUCUAGAGCAAGUCUGCUAAUAAGAGGGAGUUUUAUAUGACACAAAGUGAUGAUGGGAGGGACGGCCCAUCACCUUUGCCAAAUUCUGUUGGUUGAAAGCAAGUUGUAGGUCCCGCCCACACUCAGGAGGAGGAGAUUACAUAAGGACUUGUAGCCAGCAGGCUGAGAUCAUGGGGGCCACUUUAAAGUCACCCUACCACAAUACUAGAUCUUUAUUGAAGUUUCUUUAAGUGAACAAUGAAGGAUUUUCAGGAUCUCAAUAUAGUAAUACAUGGAAAACCUACCUUGGUGAAAGACAGACAUAAUUUUCAUCCAGAAGGUCUGUGCAGGUCAGGGAAGGAUUCAAAGGAAAAUGAUAGGCACCUUUGCUCUAUGGAAUGCAUAGUGGAAUGUGAACAUCCUGAAAUUGUUGCAAUUUUAACAAAUGAUCAUAUUAAGUUCCAAAUGAAUUCAUCACUUUGGUAGCUGGCAUUUUACAGGUUUAUAGAUAGGGCAGUCCACUGUACUCUGCUCUCUUGUUAAAAGAGAAAACAAAAUGUUUGUACCAAAUUGCAGUGGUGUAUAAUCCACUUUCCUUUACCAAUUUGUAACUUUUAACCUACUUAUUUGUUAAUAAGAUAACAUUUUUGAAUUAAAUUAGGAAAAUAUUUUUAAGAGAAAUUCACUGGAAUUUGAAUUAUGAAUUAUAUUGUUUUUUCCCCUAAUCUAUUAAAAAUGUGCAAAUGUCUACAUUCUAUAAUGGUGUGUGUGCUAUGUCAUCUCUACUGUAGCUAGAAAGAAUACUAUGUUAUGUUAAUAUUAUUUAUGAUGGUAUUUAAAUUAUCAAACACCAAAUAAAACACAAGGUACCUAGUAGUUACUGGUUAAUACAAGCUAAAAUACCUGUGAAUGUAGAAUUUUAGCCUUUUGCCAGAGAACAAUAAUUUAACAACCAGUAAGGUCUUUGUUGAACGUUUACGAUAUACUCAAAACUGGUUAAACGUGAUUUUCCCCUAGUGUUGGGUUUCUGGAACACUCUAAAUGUACAAAUUCCAGUUGCAAAUAACAUCCUGCUAUGAAAUAAAUGUUGAAAGAUCAUCA